AUGAGACUCUUCAAUCUUUUGAAAGUAUUGUAUUUUGGUACUUUCCUUCUUGUCAUAGUUCCUUUAACUACUCAGCGCCCAUGGCUCAAAAAUGAAAAGGGAAAAACCACGAUAGAAAACAUCAGUAAAGGUCGUCAAUCUCAAGUCAAAGAAGUUGAUCAUAGGACUUCUAAAUCUCUGGUAGAAGAAGUGGAAUCUGAAUCUUCCGAAGAAACAGGAGCCAACAAAUUUCAAAAGAUUUCAGAUAUUAUCAAGACAAAAGUACCAGUAAAAAGUCAUCAGUCCACCCAUGAUCCAUCACAAGCCUCUGAAGCUUCCAAAGCUAUUGAGGAGAUAGAUUCUUAUACAUAG